AUAAGUGAGCGGGUCCGGUCAGGAAAUCUGACGUCAUCACAGAUCUGUACUCCCACCAGGUCCUCGUUUCAACCGACUGGUAGAUGUGCGACUUCGGACUGCAGUGCCGUGAGGGGGCUCCGGACUCUCAAGAGCAUUGAACAAAUCAGCUGGACAUGGUCGGCUACGAGUCAACACAGUGAUAGACCAUUGUCCGCGUUGUUGCCGGUGCCAAGUACCCCACAUGCAUGUCAGUUCAAGGGCGAGCCCGUUGCUACCAUACCCCACCGCCGUCUGGAUCGCGUGUCAAACAUAUAAACCGCCCCCUCAUCGCCAUCAGAACCCCGCCAAGAUCGAAUAUCUUUCCUCAUAUUCUUCCCCCGCGUUGCGUAGUCAACUUUGAUCCUCGACACAAUGGCGGACCAACAACAAGUUAUUCUCUUUGACCUUCCCAGCCAGCCCCCUUGCAAGGCUUGGUCAUUGAACCCCUGGAAGACCCGUCUCCUCCUCAACUUCAAGAACAUCCCAUACAAGACAGAGUGGCUCGAGUAUCCCGACAUCGCUCCCCGUCUCUCCCCUCACCUGCCGCCUAACGAGGAAGGAUCAGCUUACACCAUCCCCACCGUCAUCCUCCCCUCGGGCAAAUACGUGACCGACAGCAAGGUCAUUGCUGAGAAGCUCCAGGCCCUCUACCCCACCCCGCACAUCGACCUCGCCUCUCCUUACCAAGCCAAAAUAGAAGAACUCAUGCCGCAGCUUAUGAAGAGCUUCAGGCCAGUCUACCUGCCGCUCAUUCCCAAAAGCUUGUUGAACGAGAAGAGCCGGCCAUAUUGGUAUGACACGCGAGGCAAGCUGUUGGGAAUGGAGGUGGAUGAUUUUGGCAGGGAGAAUGGCGGGGAGAAGACAUGGGGGAAGGUUGAGCCAGUUGUGAAGGCGGUCACGGCGUUGAUGAAAGAGAAUCCAAAUGGGCCGUUUUUUGAGGGGAAACAGGUGGUGUAUGCGGAUCUUGUGUGGGGGGCAUUUCUGAUUUUCUUGAAGAGGAUGGAUCAGGGGGUGUUUGACGAGAUGCUGAAGAGGAGUGGUGAUAAGGCGGUGCACGAGGCGCUCUUGAAGGGGUUGGAGAAGUGGACUGAUAGGGAUGACCAGUGAGGGCGAGGUUGAAGAUGAAGAUGUAUUGAGAGCUUAUAUCUGCUCAAUAUCAAAGUCUUCCUUCCAAAAUAGCCCCUCCUUUCAAAGAUGUUUUUCGCAACGAUGCCUUGAUGCAAUAUAUAGUGAAGCAGGCCACAGAUCGCUUGCCAAAAAAGACAGAUCAACCUUCGACAAUUUGGCUUCCCCAAAGGCUUUCCGUCAUGGCUUUCUCGCCUUCCUCGGUCCAUAGUGAUUGAGCUUUAUUUCUGUGGAAAGGUGGAGCUGGUCUGGGCCCUGCCGAGCCCACCAAAGCUCGAUUACUCUCAGAUAUUAGAUAGUCUCAGAGCCCUAACAAAGA